AGUAGAUUUCAGUAUACAAAACCCAGUUCAGAAAUGGACAGAGCAUAGCACCUGUCUAUCCUUAGCUCCCAAAAAAUCCAUAUAUUUUGUUGAUUGGAUAUUGAACACGCAGCCAAGCCUUAAAAUGUCGAUGGCAAACACACAUUUGCAGACUAAGAACUAUAGGAUGGAGUCCGUGGGGCGGACAGUAAAAAUGCACGCCAAUAUCAAAAUGAAGAUGGGCUAUGAAACGACACCCCCCGGGACCACCGAAGUUCCUGGCAACGCUGAGCCGCCCCGGCAGACUGUGAAAAGCCCAGGCAAGCGCCAGUGUCCGCCGCGCAAGCACCCGGAAAGGAAGACCAGGGACGAGAGGACCAUCGAGAAGUUUCGAAACAUCGACUUCUUCGGGCAGCGCGACUCGAACAACAUACUGACGGUGCAGAACCUGGAGUUUCCAGACGCCAACAUCAAGCGCACCGAGCUCCACCUGCGCAAUGAGUGCGGCAAAAGCGUAGUCCGCGGCAGGGGACGCGACUUCGCCAGCUCGAGCAACUCCCACUUCAGGGACGGCGUCGAGACGGUCAAGAUCCGCAAGGAGGCGUGCCCCAGCACCACGCAGAAGAACCAGGUCGACAUUGGACCGAGCGGCGAACGGAAGUCGUCGUGGGGGAAGAUUUCCGAGGCUGAGCCUGACUCGGAGGAGCUGGUGGACUCCAUGCACGCGCCCUCCACGCGUCCCCCAAACUUCCAGGGCGAGGAGUGGAGGCGCCCGUGCCCGGCCAGCUUCGUGGCCGGGGCCCCGCGUCCGCGCAUUGGCCGGUGUCCGAAGAACUACGAGCAGCUGGCCAAGCUGACGCCGGCCCGCCAGAAGUUCUUCCUGACCCAGGACCCGCGGAAGUCGCACUGCCUGGUCAAUCCGGCGGCGCUGCGCCACAAGCCGCUGACCAAGGAGCAGGAGUUCAGCCUGAUCAGCAAGCUGGUCAAGCACGGGGACAACCUCUGCGCCAGCACUGGCUCGGAGACCUCGGACACGCACAUCUGCGAGGUCAUGGACCUGCAGAACCCGCUGAAGCUGGACUUCCACGGCAUGGACUACAAGACGACCUACGAGCAGGAUGAGGUCGAGCAGCAGAACACGCUGACCUUCUGGCGGGUGCAGCGCUACAUGGCGAGGCGCAAGGCCAAGAAGAGCACCAAGGAGAAGGUGGAGGCCGAGCUGAAGGAGGAGCGCUUGGCGGUGCCGCAGCGGUACAACACGAAGAUCAAGGACGUUCCCGAGGAGGAGCCGUCGCCGCCGCGGUCGCCGCGCCUCGUGCACCUGUACCGCAGCCCGGACAAGCCGGGCAACAAGCUGAAGAUCGAGGAGGAGCGGCGCCGACGGGCGGCACGCUACAAGGACAUCUAUUUGCGCAAAAAGCAGCGCGAGGAGGCGCAGCUGCAGGAGCGCCGCAGGCAGGAGGCGGCCGUCAAGGAGGUCGAGGCGCGCACGGUGGCCGAGGACGACCUGCGCGCCGACGUGGCGGUCAUCGACGACGCCAUCGAGCGCAGCUUCCGCAAGCACGUUGAGCUCCAGCCCAUCAUCCGCAAGCGCAAGGUCUUCCCCAAGACCCUCACCGAAACGGAGCGCCUGAAGGCCAUCAUGCACCGCGAGGACUGCGCGAGGCGCGACAAGGCCCGUGUUACCCAGCAGUUUUUCCUGGAGCGCACCGGCAAACUGAAGCACCUGCCGGACGCGGAGCAGCAGCUGGGCUGCGACCAGAGCAUCGAGGGCAGCGUGGGCUCCACGCCCAGCGAGCAGAGCAGCGACGACGAGGACUACCUGCAGGUGGGCAAGAUCGGCGACAAGUUCCAGCUGCGGGGCUUCCACUUCAAGCACGGCGACGGCCUGCGCGGCAAGCUGCACCGCCACCAAAUCAUGCAGGGUCAGCGCACGGUGAAGGGGUGCCUCACGCGCGAGGAGUGGCUCAACCAGCUGGUGCCGCACAAGGAGCCCAUCAAGCUGGACGUGGAGCGCGGCAUCAUCAAGGUUCUUGACCCGGACGACCCAAACUUGGACCUCUUUCCGCCGGAGCCUCUGCUCGUGAGAAGGCACGAACGCCGAAGCGCCGUCAGGGAAUUUAUCGAUCAGCGCCUCGGUCUGCACUACCACCGCCGGCUACGCAAGAACCUAAAAAUCGUAAAGCCAAAGCCGGCAUACAACGUGAAGAAGUUCAAUCUUAUUCGCUACGUUUUCCCCGAGAAAGUGCUUGUUCCCGACGAUCGGGUGCCGGUGGAGGAAAUGGAGGUUCUGGACGCCACCAAGGUGAACACCACCCUGGAGUACCUCGACCUCAAGCAGCAGCUGGCCAAGUCCAAGCGCCACAAGAAGAAGCUCGCCCGCAUGCAGCUGCUCGGCCUGCCCUGUAUUGAGAAGCAGCAGCUGAGGGCGGCAGAUCCCUGUUUGGAGGUCGAGGAGGAGCUGGACGUCGACUGGGUGCCGACCCCAGAGCCUGCCUACAACGAGGGCGAAGGCCAGGAGCGUCAGGAGGGUGGUGGCGAGCGAACUCGAACUGUUCAACUGUUUCAAAACACUCGCUGUUCCGGCAAUGCCCACGCCCUUUCUGGCCAGGAGGGUAUUAGGCGCGGUCGUUUAUCCGCCGGCGAGGAGUCCCAACCGGCCCGCUGGCGGGGAAAUAUGCCAGCACCCACAGAGCGGCAAAAGACCCUGACCAUUCACCCGAGAAGAAGGCGCGACUACGCCAACGAGCGCGUUCCAUCGGCCAUUUUCAACGAGGUGCUGCAGAACUCCGCACUGCCGCUCCUGGAGCAGCCGGAACCAGAGAAGCUGCGCUUCGCCAAUGUGAGAACCAAAAAGCGCCCGUACACGGAAAUAUUCGAGGCCAGACACCACCACGACCAUUGGGCCCCGACCCAAGUAAAAAACGUGCACGUUCAGUACCAGCCGAAGACCGUGCUGCCGGAGGUUACAAAGGUGGCGAAGAAGGUCCGGGAGCCGGUGUUGAAGUUUGAGAGGGCCAACCCGCCCAGCAGCAAGUACGUGGACAAGGACCUGACCAUGCCCAGCUAUGACUUCGAGAAGGUGAUCGCCGAGCACCUGGCCGCCACGCGCACGGACAACAAAGAGGCUGCCGGAGAGGUGGUGCCCGACAUGUGCCAGCCAUACGACUUCGUCUUCCACUCGCGGGAUCCCGAGGAGCUGGCGAAGCUGGACUUUCCUGGCCGGAAACAGUACCUGGAGCUGCUGCGUGAGACCCGCGAAGCCAUUUACGAGACCAAGGACAUCGAACCUGGCGAGGAGCACCUCUUGGUGGACCGCCGCGCAGUUGUGGCGGACCUCGAGGAGGAUCUCAGGAGCAUUGAGAACUGCCUGAGCUCGUUGAGCAGCUCCGACUGCACUGACCUCUCGAACGACAGCGGCAGCUACUUGGUGAUCGAGGACAGGACCAAGCUGCCCCUGGACUACAUCCGGAAGCCCCUGGUGCCCUUCGAGGAGAUGCGGCGUGCUCGGUUCCACGCCGCGGUGAUUGACGUGAACGCCGAGGACGAGGACCCCUACCGCAUGCUGCCCUUCUCGGGCCAGCACAAGGAGCAGGCCAAUAUGCUGGGGCCCAAGGACACGUUCUUCACCUUCAGCACUCGGCUGCGGAACAGCCUUCGCCUGCGACUGGAGGUGGCGGUGCCGGACGUCCGCAAGACGCUGCUUGGACCCGGAAACCAGAAGUACUUCGGAGCGGUGAUCACCGACCUCGACGAGAACUACAUUGAGGAGCUGAAGAGCCGCGCCACAAUCAAGUCCUUCAAGUUCAAGACCAGCAUCCAGUUGCUCAAGGACGCCAUGCGGCUGAAGUACGAGUCGCUGCUGAUCCAGGGGCAAAUGGUGCGCACCAAGAUCUACGACCGCAUGAACGAGCGCCACUGGGUGGACAUGAAGAACACCAAGAACUUAUACGAGGCACUCUUCGCCAAGUGGAAGAAGAAGGAGUACAAUGCGGCCAUGACGAUGGUGUACCAGGUGAAGUCGUACUACGAGACCACCGACAAGCUGAAGCAGGAGUACCGCAACCUGGAGCGCGAGCUGAUGAUGCUCAACAUGGACAUUGUGUUCAUCGAGGGCCACUGGAUCCGCUGCAUCAUGCUGCAGAACUUCCACUACCUGAUGGGCGACCAGGACUGGCGGGCGGAGCACGACUGGAUACACCUGGUCCCCAAGGGCGGCAGCCGAGGCAGUGCAGAGGGCGAGGCUGAUGAGGAGCCCAGUGUGCAAGCGACGGAGAUCGGGGACGAGGAGGGCAUGGAACUGGAGCCCUACGACGUGUCGAUUGCGAAGCGAGCAGUCGUCAACAUUCGGGUGCGUGACAAGGACGAUGCCUGGGCCAUUCGCACCUUCUACUACGACGUUUACAUGCAGAGGGUCCACCCAAUCCUGCAGGUCUUCCCCGACGCAGAGUCCUUCCUGCAGGGCCUCGAAAGCCUGAAGACCAAGACCUUCAUGCUGCUGCUGGAAAUGCACCUCACGCUGUCCAUUCACACUGAACUCCAGGGCCGACUAGAGACCUUUGUCGACUGGUGCACCAAGGACCUCAAAGAGAAGCAGGAGUAUGUUGCCCGCAAGUCUGCCAAAAAAUUCUUCAUGGAGGACCGUGCCAUGGAGAUGGAGCAGAGGGUCCACCAGUACCUGGGCCGGCCCAUCGAGGAGACGAUUGCGGACGAGGACUUUAACAAGCACCGUGCCGUGUUGGCCGAGGUGUGGCGUCGCGUGGUCCCGGACUCGGUUCGCGGCACCAGCGACGUUCUGCCCAGCACUGCCGACAUGGUGGCCGCCAUCAGUGACGUAGUUAUGGAGAUUCUGUCGAAGUUCGAGCACAUGGACAUUGAGAAGGUGCGGUCCGUAGAAGCCACGCUGCGGAAAAGACGCCGGUACAGGGAAAAGCUCUCACACCAGGCUUUCCAGGUGGAGCGACGCAUCGACAUGGAGAUGAAGAAGGUGCGGCGCAACCUGGAGCCACCCUACAAGAAGCCAAAACGAGAGGGACGUCUGCCGAGGCUCUUCCUUAAGAAGAGGGUCGUUCCGGAGGAAAAGGAGGUGCUGGUGAUAUCGGAGAACACUAAGAACUUUGUGCGCGCCUUCAGGGAGGACGGCUACACUGGCGACCAGAUCACCCACACCUCGCUGCUGACUGUCGACAACAUGCAGGAGCAAAUCGUGCCCUUUUACUUUGACCACUUCCUGAAAAUCAACGGCUACACGCCCAAUUACAACUUUAGAACCAAUGUAGACUUGCGGGACGGUCCCGAGUUUAACCGCUUGAAGGUGCGCGAAGUCCUACCUGAUGUCCUGGCCAGGCUGGAGACCUUGGAGAUGAUGCACAAGAAGACCAUGGAAGAAAACAUCCAGAGAAACCCUAAGAUGUAUGAGAAUGUCAUCUAGUGAGGUUAGACCUCGCUCGUUUUUGCUCAAGGCUUUGUUUCCGUUUCAGUUUG